AUGUCUUUGGCAGUCUUCCCCGCUUUGUUCUUGAGCGUGAUGUUGGCCUUGGCGUCGAUUAAGGCAUGGACAAUGUUGUCAAACCCGCCUUUGGCUGCCAAGUGCAAGCUCGUGUUGCCUUCGGCAUUCGCCGCGUUGGGAUCAGCUCGAUUUUCCAGCAACUUUUCGACACACGGAAAGUGGCCAGCGCUGACAGCUUUGUGGAGGGGGGUCACCCCUUGCGAGUUGGUCUCGUUGAUGUUGGCGCCGGCGGCUAGAAGAGAGAGGACAGGGUUUAGGAUUCCCCGACCUGCACCCAAGUGCAGCGGAGUAUUGCCGCUGUCGUCUUUGGUAUCGAUGCUCGCCCCCAGCUCGAUGAGUUUGGUCACAACGUUGAGGCGGCAGUGGUUGACGGCGUGGUGUAGUGCCGUCAUACCCCCAAACGACGCCGUCUCGAUGUCAGCACCAUGGGCUACCAGGAACUCAAACACGUCAAAGUACCCAUUGCGAGCCGCCCAGAUCAUGGGGGUGCACCCAUAG